UUGUUUCAGCUUUCAGUGGAAGAGCUACUGAGGGAAUGGGAUGCAUGAAAGCUUUCCGGAACAAAUAGUUUGCAGUUGUUUGUUGAUUUUGGGGAUAUCUGCUUGCUGCUUUGUCUCCGAGGGAAGAACCCAAGCAAAUGCAGGGGGUGCUUCUAGAUAGAUGGUUUUCUGUUAGAUAAUAUUAGAUAUGCAGUGGGAAUGAUACUUCAGUAUUAAUAGGCUGCUUGUGAACACGUAGGAGAGAAAUCUGCCGUGGUAUUUUUCACCUCGAAUCUUUUCUUUGAAAAUCCAAAAAUGCAGAACUGGACUUCUCAUUAAGAAACUCAGCAGUACCUUAUUAUCGGAAGCGCAAAUAGUCAUCAUAAGGGGCACCAGUAAGUCUGCAUCUGGCCUGAUAAGAACAAUGAACGUAGCACGGGAACUGGGUGACCACAAGGAGCCUGACUUGAGAACACCUGGAAGUCAUCAAAAGUUCCCUUUUAUGUGACCCAGUUAUAUGAGGAUACUGAACACUUAGACUGUUGUGUUUGCUUGCUUUCAGGCUUCUGCCACCCUUCAACGCAGCCGCCUGAUGGCCAUAAUGGGACCAACUGUCUGAAUGCUGCAGGGAGCCGGGUCCUCUGAUCGGAGGCAGAGUGAGUUUCAGCCUCUCAUACUCCUGCACAGACUCUAUGGAACAGCACUAGCCUCAUGACUUUCUGGAAGAUGGACUCAUGAAAUCUAAAGCCUGGAGCGGUUAUAGAGAGAAGGUACCAGGAAGCUACUGUACCUGGUCUUGAGACUGCAACGUCUUGCUAGAAAACAAAGAAAGCCGAAAGCUGAGCAGUGUGCAGGGUAGAAGGGAACAGGAUCCGUAUGUCAGUGGUCUAGGAUGGCCAGUGAAGGCUCUAACAUCCCAAGUCCUGUGGUCCGUCAGAUUGACAAGCAGUUUCUGAUUUGCAGCAUAUGCCUGGACCGUUACAAGAACCCCAAAGUACUUCCCUGUCUGCACACUUUUUGUGAAAGGUGCUUACAGAAUUACAUUCCAGCCCAUAGCUUAACCCUUUCUUGCCCCGUGUGCCGCCAGACCUCCAUUCUGCCAGAGAAAGGGGUUUCUGCACUCCAGAACAACUUCUUUAUUACCAACCUGAUGGAUGUCCUGCAACGAACGCCAGACAACAGCAUUGAAGAGUCCUCCAUCUUGGAGACUGUCACAGCUGUAGCUGCGGGCAAACCACUCUCCUGCCCCAAUCAUGAUGGAAAUGUGAUGGAAUUUUACUGCCAGUCCUGCGAGACAGCCAUGUGCCGGGAGUGUACAGAGGGAGAACAUGCAGAACAUCCCACAGUACCACUCAAGGAUGUGGUGGAGCAGCACAAGGCUUCCCUCCAAGUCCAGCUGGACGCUGUCAACAAACGGCUUCCAGAGAUCGACUCAGCACUUCAUUUUAUAUCUGAAAUCAUACACCAGUUAACCAACCAAAAGGCUAGCAUUGUAGAUGACAUUCAUUCCACUUUUGAUGAACUCCAGAAGACUUUAAAUGUGCGAAAGAGUGUGCUGCUUAUGGAACUGGAAGUGAAUUAUGGCCUUAAACACAAAGUCCUCCAAACGCAGCUGGAUACCUUACUGGAAGGACAAGAGAGCAUUAAAAGCUGCAGCAACUUUACGGCCCAAGCCCUCAACCACGGCACUGAAACCGAAGUGUUGCUGGUGAAGAAGCAGAUGAGCGACAAGCUGAAUGAGCUGGCUGAGCGGGACUUCCCAUUGCAGCCCCGUGAAAACGACCAGUUGGACUUCAUAGUGGAAACGGAAGGCCUGAAGAAGUCCAUUCACAAUCUGGGUACCAUUUUAACCACCAACGCUGUUGCCUCUGAAACAGUCGCCACAGGUGAGGGGUUGAGGCAGACCGUGAUCGGACAGCCCAUGUCUGUUACCAUCACAACGAAGGACAAAGAUGGGGAGCUCUGUAAAUCUGGGAACGCUUACCUCACUGCUGAACUGAGCACGCCUGACGGGAGUGUAGCAGACGGGGAAAUACUUGACAAUAAAAACGGCACUUACGAAUUUUUGUAUACUGUUCAGAAAGAAGGGGACUUCACUUUGUCACUGAGACUUUAUGAUCAACAUAUCAAGGGCAGCCCAUUUAAACUUAAAGUGGUCAGGUCAGCAGAUGUGUCCCCUACCACUGAAGGGGUUAAGAGGCGCGUUAAAUCUCCUGGCAGUGGUCACGUGAAGCAGAAAGCUGUGAAAAGACCUGCGAGCAUGUACAGUACUGGAAAAAGAAAAGAGAAUCCCAUUGAAGAUGAUUUGAUCUUCAGAGUAGGCACCAAAGGAAGAAACAAAGGGGAAUUUACAAAUCUUCAAGGUGUAGCUGCAUCUACAAAUGGAAAAAUAUUAAUAGCAGACAGUAACAACCAGUGUGUGCAGAUAUUUUCCAAUGAUGGCCAGUUCAAAAGUCGUUUUGGCAUAAGAGGAAGGUCUCCUGGCCAGUUGCAACGGCCAACAGGAGUGGCUGUGCAUCCCAGCGGUGACAUCAUUAUUGCAGAUUAUGAUAACAAAUGGGUUAGCAUAUUCUCAUCAGAUGGAAAAUUUAAGGCCAAAAUUGGGUCUGGAAAGCUCAUGGGCCCUAAAGGCGUUUCUGUGGAUCGUAAUGGGCACAUCAUUGUGGUGGACAAUAAAGCUUGCUGCGUGUUCAUCUUCCAGCCAAAUGGGAAAAUAGUCACCAGGUUCGGCAGCCGAGGAAAUGGUGACAAGCAGUUUGCAGGUACACUUGAUGGUCCUCAUUUUGCAGCCGUAAACAGCAACAAUGAAAUUAUCGUUACAGAUUUUCAUAACCAUUCUGUCAAGGUAUUUAACCAAGAGGGCGAAUUCAUACUGAAGUUUGGAUCAAACGGAGAAGGAAAUGGACAGUUUAAUGCACCAACUGGAGUAGCUGUAGACUCUAAUGGAAAUAUUAUUGUAGCAGAUUGGGGAAACAGCCGAAUACAGGUCUUUGAUGGAAGCGGAUCGUUUUUAUCCUACAUUAACACCUCUGCUGACCCACUUUAUGGCCCCCAAGGUCUGUCCCUUACUUCAGAUGGCCACGUUGUAGUUGCAGACUCUGGAAAUCACUGCUUCAAGGUCUAUCGAUACUUACAGUAACAAUGAGCUCUGGAGAUGGAUAAUCGUCCACCCGUAAGCAAAAACUGGUCCCAGAGAUCCAAGGCAGGAUGUCUCCUACUUUGAGUUCAUUUUUAAUUAUGAAGGAGUCUCUUAUGGACUUCUCAUGUUAAUUUCCAAACUUAACCUUGUUUACAUAGAACUUGCACCUCUUACGUUCCUCACUCAACUUUUUGUUGUAAGGGUUAAUACACAGAAUCCUCUUUAACCGAAUUCAUAGAGACAAUGUGAUAUUAAACACAAACUGCAAUUUACGGAACUGGAAUUAAGUAGUUAGGCAAAAAUGAGAAAAGUUUGGGGAAAAGUCCCCAAAGCUAUUUGAAGACUGCGAAAGGUAGCUCCUAUUCAGAGCUUCCAAAUUUGAAAAAGUGUCAUUGUUAUGCAUUAUUUCACCCAAAGGUGAUCCUGGGAAUCUUCUAGAUCUCAUUAUCAUGGUAGGUAUUACACUUUUAACAUUCUUGAGUCUUACUAUCUAUAACAAGUAGGUCCUUUUAGUAUAAAGUUAAGUCACACAAAAUCAGUCUAGUUCUAACUGUCAGACCUAACACAGCUCAACAUUUAGCACUAUGAGAAUCAAUGCAAAUUCCCAGCUCCUGUGGGAUUAAUGAAGGAUUGUUUCAUGUGCUUGUUCUUCACUAUUCCUCUUGCUCAAUGUGCUGGAAGGACUUUGCAGAGACCUGACAUUUCUAAAGCUCUGGAAAAGCUUAAUUGUAGUGAUACAUUAGUGAGAGCUGAAUUUCUGUAUAACGACAGACCUUUUGACACCAAACUAGUUCAUUAGGAUCAGGGUUAUUACAAUGUCAACUCAAUUAACCUCAUGUGUGCCACUCUUUCGUAUGUGUUCAUUGCCAUGUUUCCUUAAGGCAACUCAUUGUAUUAACAAAUAAAAGAAAUGCAGCAUCACACAGGACAGAAAGCCAGAGAAGGUACCCCUAUGGAGGACCUACAUUAUACAACCAAAGGAACUGUGGUAAACAGAGGUUGUAUAGGAAAGCCAAGGGUUACCAAAGCUAUUUCUUUUUACAUGAGGAAAAAACGCAUUACAAAUAAGAAUGAAUUUGAACCAAUUCCUGAAGUUCUUCAUCAAAGGGAAUUUUGUUAGAGGAUAAAAUAAGGACUGUGAGAUUUGUUCUGAUUUGUUUGUAUGUAUGUAUGUAUGACUGACCGACAGAAAACAAUUUAAAAAGUAAAUGUAUGUUAUUUCAGCAAACUGGAACAUAUGUAUGCCAUUUGACAAUGGCAGUACUCUGAAAAAUGUCCCUCCUCCUUCCUUGCCAGAUCUUUCUACUGUGUUCUUUGUUGAAGUAUUAUCUUAAUUGGAAAUGCUUACAAUCACAUGACUUGGUUCUGUUUUUAAAGGUUUUUUUUUUUUUUUUUAUUUUUAAGUGUGUACUUGUCCUUUUUAAAGGAGUAUUGGCUUUACUCUUAAUUCUAAAUCCAAUGGUCACAAGAUGAAUUGCUACCAUAGCCUAAUAUAGAAACAGUGGUGCUCUCUCUUAAACCUCAUUCGAGGAGCUGGUGAGCGUGCUGCCAAUGCCUAAAAUAGUUUGGCAAGUAGCAUUUUUCUCUUCUAAUUUUUAGGGCCUUGAAACAAAAGGGCAUUGGGUCAGGAACAGGGGAAUGUUUUAAGCAUAUUUGCAAAAUUGAAAGAAACCUUUGUUAAAUGACUUAUUACAGGUAUUUGUCUUAUUUCUAAAAGGUUAAAGCUGUUUCAAUCAACUUGAGGAAAAAAAGAGAAUGGUUUUUCGUAAAGAUACGUUUGACUUGUAAAAAUGCAGACCCACAAAUUCUUAAAUGUAGUGUUGUCUGUUUCUUUUAAUUACUGUUUCUUCUCUUUCCCUUGUUUAGUUUUUUUUGCGCUUAGAACCAAUUUACAAACUCGUGCAAAGAUAAGUUUCCUUAUUUCAUUGGAAUAAAUAUUUGUGUAUAAGGCAUAAGCUUUGGACUAUAUAAUGCAGCUAAGAAACUGGUGGUAACAUUUUUGAAAUGUUAAAAAUCAAGUCUGUUAUUACCAAAAGAAAAAAAUAGCCUCUGCUUGAACUGAGUUUGUCCUAAAAUUCCUAAGAUGAUAGUUACCUCAGAUAUUAUACAAUAAACUGUCCUAUCAAAAUUUAACAAAGUUAUAUAUCAAAUUUUAUGAUGAUCAAGUAAUUUUCUUCUAAGUGUCCUUAUAAGCAGCCUUUUGACAAUUUCUAACAUUGGAAUACCCUUAGAUGGCUAAUUAUCAAUGAACAAAGGUACAUAGCGUUUUAACUAUAUUGCUUAACAAAAAAAAAAAAAAAGAGUUCUGGUUCUUUGAGAGGAAAACAAAAAACACGAAAAAUGUACUGUUGCUGUUAGUUAUGGAUACUACUGAUUGACUCUAGUUCCAAAUUUGAAUUUUCAUAAUAACAUUUUACUAAACUUGCGUGGCUUCCUCUAAAGAAACAUUGCCAAAUCCUCCAUUGCCAGGAACUCUGAGAACCACAGAAAUCAGACCCUAACCCAUAUAUCAAAACAUAUACUUAGGUCUGUACUGUUCCAUGCAUCUGCUUUACGUGGAGAUUUUCAGUUCAUUUGACACCGUCCUGCUCAUCAGGAUUUUACAUAGCCUAUGUCAACCCUUUGCAUCCUGAUGAAACGUGGAAUUCUCCACACAACCCCCUUUGCUACCGAGCUAACAGCAUUAGGGGUGAUGUGGGUUUUUUCUUAAGAUUGAAUAGUGGUUUGGGUUUUCCAUCUUAUUGAUAUUUCGGACACCACUAGCACUUAGGGCACUUGAAAAAGGGCACUGAUUUGGAUUGCCUUCUGAUAGAUAGCAAAUGCUACAAAUUACAGUUUCAAAUUCAGUGGCAUAGGCUAUUUCCUUCCGAAGGCUGGCCUUAUCUCCCUGGCACAGGAAAACUGAGGAACACGUUGCUUUUGCAGUGUGCUUUUCAAGUCAACUUAGCUAAAAUGCUUGGCUUACUAACCUUACAAAGAACAACCAAAGCAGAAAUUCUGUUCUAAAAAACCUGGCAGAUUGUUUUCUCAUUCAAUUAAGCGAACGUCAAAAUUGCACUACUUGAUUUACUGAGUUGUUAGCAUUUAUUAAAGGCUUUAUAGGCAUUCUGCUGCCAGAUUUCAGGUAUAACCAAAUGUUCCCUUGACUUCCCUGGAAUGCUAAUUGACUAGCAGCGCAGCAUGAAUGGUGAAAGUAUGUGCUUCGUUUAACUAAUCUUCAACUCAAAAGUAAUCGCAAAAGGUCAUCAGAUCUUGUGUAAUUUGGAGUAUUUUAGGACAAACUAGCCAACUGUAUUUUCAUUAUUUUGUGAACAGAAUAAGAGGAUCUGUUCACAUAGAUCCACUACAAAUAGUUGGGGAUUUUUACCUAGCUUAAAACAGCAGCAACGUAGCUGAAUAGGAAAAGGAAAAUGGCUUAAGGCAAAGCAUUUGUCUAAUGUAGACGGAGAGUUAUUUAUUAGUAAAUGCUCUUCUGUUCUGUAAAAGCUAGAGGGUUUUCAAUUUUAUGUCACUAUUUUUUAUAAUUAAGGAUCUAGUGUUGCCAUAAUGAGAACUAUAAGUGCCCAAUAUGUUGUGUUUGUUAUAAAGAAAUGACUUCCAGCUGUGGGUGACAGCUAGUUAUGAAACCAUGGUGUACAUUGAGACUUUUCUUGAAGAACUGUGAGCAGUGACUGUUUUGGUCUGUUUGUGGAGAGUGCGCGAAAGGUGUCCGUGCUCCGCAGUAGGAAGGUUCCUAACUGGUUGCGUUAUUUGCGAUGAAUGUACAGCACUUCAGUUGAUGUUUGUGAGCAACACGGCCUUAACCCGGACAGUUUUGCUUUGGCUUUAUGACAUGGGAAUGUUCCCUAAGCUGCAUAGUGUACGGCAGUACCCCCAUUAGAAAUCUCUACCAGUUGAUACGCUGCAGCUUUCUGGUUCCAAGAGUCUGUCUUUUCUCUUGAUUUUUUUUUUAAAGCUUUUUGUACAUUCCACCUUUGUAAGUCCAUUUCAUAUGUUUUGUGUACAUGUAAGUCUUAUGGAAGUCUUGCACUCUGUUGAAACUCAUGAUGAUUUUUUUUUGUUGGUGGUGUUUGUUUUUUGUUGUUGUUUUGUUUUGUUUUUAAAUCCCUAUGAGGCUAAACACAAACUUUGUCUCCUUAAGGUCGAGGAUGAAAGAUGCGCAUCAAAGUGUUUGUGUGUGUGUGUGUGUGUGUAGUUUUAGCUUCCUGUGUGCCACGGUAUUAUUGAUGCUUUAGCCGACAAUAAAAAUAAAAAAUUACUCUGUCUUGGAAAUGUAGGAAAAUCAGAGUCAAAUGUGUAUCUUUACCACGCACAAAAAUUUCAAAUAAUAAAAAUAAAGCUUGUUUCCUCUG